AUGUUAAAAAAUCCAGGUACAGUGUUGGUUUUUAAACCUAAUACAAAAAGGGAGGAAGGAAGAAAAACACAGUUAUCAAAUAUACAGGCAAGCCGAGCCGUGAGCGAUAUUGUUAAAACGACUCUGGGUCCUAUGGCAAUGUUGAAAAUGAUGUUAGAUCCUCUUGGAGGUAUUGUUAUUACAAAUGAUGGAAAUUGUAUAUUAAGAGAAGUAGAUGUUGCUCAUCCAGCUGCUAAAUCUUUGAUUGAAUUAAGUAGAUCACAAGAUGAAGAAGUUGGUGAUGGUACUACAUCAGUUGUAAUUUUAUCAGGUGAGUUGUUAAAUGUGGCUGAAAGCUUUUUGAGGCAGAAUAUUCAUCCUACUAUAAUUGUAAAUUGUUAUAUGAACGCUUUGAAUAGUUGUAUAAAAUAUUUAGAAGAGAUAUCAAUAGAUAUAGAUGUAAAUAGUGAAUCUGAUUUAAUGAAAGCUAUUGAUUCAUGUUUAAGUACUAAAUUUGUGAAUAGAUAUAAUAGGAUAGUUAGUAAAUUAGCUUUAGAAGCAACUCGAUGUGUAAAAAUAGAUAAUUUAAUGGGUAGAAAAGAAAUUGACAUAAAAAGAUAUGCUAAGGUUGAAAAGAUACCAGGAGGAGAUAUAACAGAUAGUUAUGUUCUUAAAGGUGUUAUGAUAAAUAAAGAUAUUACACAUCCUAAAAUGAGACGUUAUAUUAAGAAUCCACGAAUAUUAUUAUUAGAUUGUACUUUAGAGUAUAAGAAAGCAGAAAGUCAAACGAAUGUAGAGAUAUUAGAUGAGAAGACAUGGAAUGAAUUAUUAUUACAAGAAGAAAUAGAAGUAAAGAAAAUGUGUGAAUAUAUUAUAGAUAGUAAAUGUGAUAUAGUAAUUACAGAGAAAGGUGUUUCUGAUUUAGCUCAGCAUUUUCUUGUAAAGAAAAAUAUUAGUGUUAUAAGAAGAGUUAGAAAAACUGAUUUGAAUAGAUUAGAAAGAGUAAGUGGUGCAAAGAUAGUUAAUAGAUGUGAAGAAAUUAUUGAAAGUGAUAUAGGUACCAAAUGUGGUUUAUUUGAAAUAAAAAAAAUAGGUGAUGAUUAUUAUUCUUUUUUUGUUGAAUGUGAAGAUCCACAUGCAUGUACCAUAUUAUUAAGAGGAUCUACAAAAGAUGUUUUGAAUGAAAUUGAAAGAAAUUUACAUGAUGGAAUGAAUGUAGCUAAAAAUAUUCUAAUGGAAGGAAAAUUAUUAUAUGGAGGUGGAUGCACAGAAAUGAGAGUAGGUCAACAUUUAAUAAAAGAAGCAGCUAAAUUUGAUGAUUCAAGAAAAAGCAUAACAGAAGCUGUUGGAAGUGCAUUAGAAAUAAUACCAAAAAUAUUAGCUCAAAAUAGUGGAGUUAAUGUUGUUAAAACAAUGAAUGAAUUAAGAAUAAAACAUGAACAAGAAGGUGGUCAAGAAUUUGGGGUUGAUGGUAUAACAGGAGAUAUUAUUAAAGUGUCAACUAAAAAUAUUUGGGAUUUAUUAUCUGUAAAAAAACAAAUAUAUAAAAGUGCUAUAGAAGCAGCAGCUAUGAUCUUAAGAAUUGAUGAUGUUGUUAGUGGAAUUGGAAAAGAUGACAAAACUCAAAAAACAAUAAAAAAUGAAUUUUAA